CCCGUAUCUCGCGUACUCACGUUGCGCACUGUACAUAUCGUGUGUCUGGGGAGCUGGAUCCUCGUUUCUUUAUUUCCUUGUUUCCUAAGGCACGCUGCGAAUCGUCGGCCGGUCCUCGCUUCAAGACCGCCUCGUUCGUCAUAAGGCCAUAUUCAUACUGUACUUUUGUACCACCGCCUCCAAUCGCAUCGUGCUCGACGCACAUUCCACCGCAGCUCUCCCUUCCAUUCUUUUCGGUCACAGCUGCUUGAGGGUUUCACUCUGCUCAGCAACACUCGCUCACGCGGUGAAGGCAACGCCUGCAACGACCGCUUAUAGAUUUCACUCAUGCCAACACAUUCUGCGCGGUCACCUUCGCAGAGGUCGUUCCGUCUUUCCAGCCACGGCUUCCAGCCACUUAACGCGGUCAGAGACGACGACAACAUGGCCCACAAUGGCAACGACAUCCCACUGCAGACUGUAGUCAGUCACACACCGUCGCCCACAUCAGAUGAGAAGCAGUCAGAGAAGAGCGGCAUGUUCCAUGGCAUAUCUACAAGAGGACGUAGGCAGCGGGUGCCAAUUGACGAGAGGACGGGUGCGCCGCUGCCUCCUCGUGAGGCCGGGCAGGAAAAGACCGCUCUCAACAAGAUGGGUCGCCUCUACACCAAAAUUCUCAACUUCAGCAUUGUCACUCGUUAUAUGAUCUACGUUGCACCAGUUGCUCUUCUCUUGGCCAUUCCUAUCAUUUUGUCGCAAACAAAGACCAUCACUGGAGAAAUUGGUGGUACUGAUCAGAGGAGAUUCUGGAUCUGGAUUGAGAUCAUCUGGCUCAGUUUCUGGGUUAUGAAGAUCGUCGCUCACUUCCUUCCUAAUGUAUUCGAAUUCCUCAUCGGUGUCGUCAGUCCCGGAGUCAAGAAGUACGCUCUGCUUCUCCGCGCAAUUGAGAAGCCUCUGUCCUUCGUGUUCUGGAUGAUUGUCAAUCAGGCUACAUUCCCUGGACUUGUCGUCGUAACCCAAAAGUAUAAGGACACCCACAAAACUGACCCGACUCCAGCAUGGUACCCGAAGAUGCAAUCCGUGCUUCUUGCCUUACUGGUCUGCACUGUUAUUAUCCUCGCUGAGCGCGUCUUGAUCCAGUUGAUCAGUAUCAGCUACCACCGCAAACAAUUCGAUCAGAAGAUCCAGGAGUCGAAGCGCAGUAUCUACCUUCUGGGUAUCCUUUACGAUGCAUCUCGAGCACUGUUCCCAGCCUACUGCAACGAGUUUGCCGAGGAAGACUACACUAUCCAGGAAACACUCAUCGAUCUCAUUCCAGGCAGCAAGAAGGGCACUACCAAGAAGGGUCGCUCUGGCACACGAACUCCUAUGCGUCUCGUCCGGGAAGUUGGUCGCGAUGCUGGACGUAUUGGUGACAAGAUUACUUCCGUUUUCGGCAACAUCGCAUCUGAAAUCACCGGCAAGAAGGUCUUCGACGUCAACUCUGCGCAUUCCAUUGUUCUCACUGCUCUCGAAAGGAAUCGCUCAGCUGAGGCUUUGGCCAAACGUAUCUGGAUGUCUUUCGUUGUCGAGGGCAAGAAUGAGCUCUACGAAGAAGAUUUAGUCGAGGUCAUGGGUCCUGGACGCUCACAGGAAGCCGAGGAAUGUUUUGGAUCGCUCGACCGCGACGGCAACGGCGAUAUCAGUUUGGACGAGAUGAUCCUCACCGUCGCUGAAAUUGCAAGGCAGCGCAAAGCUAUUAACAGUAGUAUGCACGAUGUCGAUGCUGCUAUCGGCGCGCUCGACGGCCUGCUGUUCACCAUCGUCUUUAUCGUCUGUAUCUUUGUGUUCGUCGCCUUCCUCAGCCCCAGUUUCGUCUCCACACUGACUACGUCGGCCACCGCUCUUCUGUCUCUGUCCUUCGUCUUCGCUACUACUGCUUCGGAGAUUCUCGGUUCCUGCAUAUUCUUGUUCGCCAAGCACCCCUACGACAUUGGCGAUCGCGUCGACAUCACCUCCGAGCAGCUUACCGUCGAGCACAUCGCACUACUCUACACGGUUUUCAAGCGUGUUGCAAAUGGCAAGACGGUUCAAAUUCCCAACAUCGUGUUGAACUCGCUCUGGGUAGAGAACAUCACUCGAAGCAGGGCCAUGCGCGAGCAGGUUUCCGUUUUCUGCGACUUCGGCACUUCUUUCGAGGACAUCCACCUUCUCAAGCUUGAGAUGCAACACUUCCUCCGUGAUCCUGCCAACAGCCGCGAGUUCCAUCCUGAUACCGAUAUCGAGGUUGUCAGCAUUGCUGAGAUGAACAAGCUUGAGCUUCGUGUUGAGAUCCGCCACAAAACGAACUGGUCAAACGAGUCUCUGCGCGCAUCUCGUCGAUCGAAGUUCAUGUGUGCCUUGGUCGUUGCCCUGCGCAAGGUCCCUAUCAACGGUCCUGGAGGUGGAGAUGCUGCAUUGGGCUCGGCUUCCAAGCCAACAUGGUCUGUUUCCGUUCCACCCGCCGAGGCACGUGAGGCGUACGAGGCGUACAAGAUGGACGCCGACAAGGCACGCAUGGUACCUUUGAAUAAUUCCGAGGACCCCAAUGAUAAGGGCAAGUCCACUGGCAAUGACUACCUUGGUGUUGGUGUUCAGAGCGAGAGUUUCGCGAUUAGCUCCUUGACCAACCGCAGGCCGGGAGUGGACACAGUUCGCGACGACACCUGGAACGCUCGUGACGAUAUUAGCACCCUUGGUCGACCCAGCACCGAUGCUCGACCUGAUCUCGAUGAGGUUAAGAGCUUGCUGCACAAGGCUAGCACAGCUGGCAAGCGCAAGGGCGGCGCCACGCUGUCGCCGUACGCGACUCGGCCGUCGACUGACUUCAACCGCCCGCCACCACUUCCUCUUGCGGUGAACCCAUCGCAGUCAGGCUACAGCAAUCAGUACGCCUCUCCACCACAACCCCUCCAGCCAACACAGUCUAUGCACCGCACCACAGCGCCUGGAUCGCCAACCUCGAUCUCGACCGGCCAGAUCGAAGAGUACCAGUUCCAGAAAAUGGUCCCACCGCCAAGGUCGAACAGCCGACCACGUGCGCAUAUGACAGCGGAAGAGCGCGAGCGUGAGCAGGAAGACGAGGGCAGGUCACCCUACGGCGCAGCGGGACCAAGUGGCUCGAACAACCCCUACAGGCCGCAGAGUCCACCUGCGGAGCGCUUCCAGAACUACAAGCGCGAGUAAGGUGAAGCUUGAAUUUGUUUCUUAGGUUAUUAGCGAUGCAUGGCACGAAUUUCCUUCCUGUCCCCCAUCAUUCCGGAUGUGGCUCAGGAGGCUGCCCGGGUUCUAGACAUGGAGCCCAACAAAAUAGCAUUGGAGUGCGCUAUAUUCGCGCUGGGUGUUCCUGUAGAAUAGUAUGCCCGUCGAGGCUACACUGAAAUGGAAUAUUCGAAGUUUUCGAAA